AUGUCAAUUCAAAGAAAUACAUAUGAGUAUGGUGAACUUGCCGACAAAGUUGUUCUUGCUUAUUCGAAACAUUGCCUUAUUAAAGCAAUUGACACCACUAAGAGGGAUAGACAGCAACAAUUCUCAAAGCUAGACAAUAAAGAUAAGAGAUUCUUACUGAAGUUAAUCGAUGUUGCCAAUUCAAAUGAAAAACAUAAGUCUCCAUCUGAACUUGAUAUAGCACUUGACUCGAUUGACUUGGCAAAAAUUUAUGAGGGUGUCGAUAAAAGAGAAAACGAAAGGGAGAACAAAGAUGGUUCGAAUUUAAUAUAUGAAGAUUUCAUAGUGUUGGAACUAUUACGUUACUUCAAGCAUGAUUUUUUUAAAUGGAUCAAUAAACCAGAAUGUACUCGAUGCAAGCAAUCAUCUGAUAAUAUUAUGCCCACAGGUAAUUCCGGUCCUCCAAACCCUAAUCCAGGUGAAAUUUCAAUUAUAGAGAACUACAAAUGUACGAAGUGUAACAUUGCCGUAAGUUUUGCUAGAUAUAAUAAUCCAAUUAAAUUGUUGGAAACAAAGAGAGGUCGGUGUGGUGAAUGGGUAAAUUGCUUCAUAUUUAUAUUGCGUGCCUUGUUGGGAAGCCAAUCCCAAAUAAGAUAUGUCUGGAAUAAUGAGGAUCAUGUGUGGUGUGAGUAUUACAGUCUAGGAUUAAAGAGGUGGAUCCAUCUUGAUCCGUGUGAAGGAGUAUUUGAUGAGCCAAAUCUUUACUGUGAAAAUUGGGGUAAGAAGAUGAGUUGGUGUUUUGCUUUUGGCGAAACUUAUAUUAUGGAUGUAAGCGAUAAAUAUAUUACCAAAUCAGAUAAGCAAAUUGACAAGUUAGAAUCGGUGUCUAGUUUGAAAAAUAUAAAAGACUUUAUUGAUGCCUUGAAUGAUGAUAAGUUGGUAAGAUAUUAUUCAAGUAUAGAAUUAACGAAUUCUAAUGAUAACAGGAAUUUGAUGAGAUUGUAUCAAGAAGUCAUUCUUAUACAUAAUAAAGAAAUACUAAAGAAAGAAAAUAAAAUUGAACCAUCUAAGGUCGAUGAAAUACCUAAGGGAAGGCAGACUGGAGACGCCAAGUGGACCAAGUCGAGAGGAGAAGAUGGAAAUAAAUAG